GCAUAGCUGAAAGCAAAUAUAGAAGUGACAAUAGUGAUCGUGAAUCCACAAGACCGAAAUCUAGUGUGUUGACAUCGAUACAUUUCAUAUCUGAAAGGAGAAUGUAAAAAGAAGGCGUCAGAGGUCAAAUCUUGAAUUCCGGUGGAACAGUUGAAUUAUUUAUCUGAAGACCUUCAUGAUAUUGGGGAGACGCACACCACGCAGUAUUAUUCCAGUCGUUGACAAUUACGUGUUCUUUUGAAAAGUUUUAUUCCCGCUGUUUGAAUUCUAGUAGCGUAAUCAGUAUCAGCGCAGAUAAUUGUGUGUAAAUUAUAUGGACCUUUUUUCUAUUCACUCUGCAGAUCGUGUCUGCUUUUAUUAUCCAGUCAUCCCGUGAGAAUUAUCAACAUGUCAUCUGUUGUUCCAGAAGUAUAGGACUUGUUUGUACUUCGCUACAGUUUGGAAUCUGCCUGUGUCGCCUAUAACGUGGAACCAAGUGCCAACGAGGACUGUUCAUCGGUUGGUAACGCGGCAGCUCGUAUAGGCAGUUUGACGAUAGUUUCAGGAUCCAGCGAGAAGAUAAGAGAUGGCAACCGCUUUGCAGAUUCAAAGUGUCCGUAAUAUGGUCUCUGACAAAAGGAUGAGCCGAGUCAGCGGCCACAUCUGAGAGGCGCUACGAGCUGUAUAUCGUUUACUUCUGAAGUAAGAGGAUGCCUGACAUCGUUGUGCGAGCAGACUGUAUUUAAUGUUGAUGCUCUGCUAGUCAGUCUCACCAGACAACAACCCAGUUUCUUAUUGGUAUUUUCUGUUGAUAAAAUCAUACACAACUUGUCUCAACCAUGGGGAGAAAGAAAAUUCAAAUCUCACGAAUCACAGAUGAGCGAAAUAGGCAGGUGACAUUCAACAAACGCAAAUUUGGUGUCAUGAAGAAAGCAUAUGAGCUAAGUGUCUUGUGUGACUGUGAAAUAGCUCUGAUAAUUUUCAGCAGUUCCAACAAACUCUAUCAGUAUGCAAGCACAGAUAUGGAUAAAGUGCUGCUGAAGUACACAGAAUACAAUGAGCCACAUGAAUCUCUUACCAAUAAGAAUAUCAUUGAGGCUCUUAACAAAAAGGAACAUAAGAAUGGCACCUGCAGUCCUGAUAGUCCUGAACCAGAAGGUGAUUAUCAGCUGACGCCACGGACUGAAGCUAAAUACAGCAAGAUAGAUGAGGAAUUCCAGAUGAUGAUGCAAAGAAACCAGCUUAAUGGAGCUAGAGUUGGGAUGAAUCAGUCUUACACUUUGCCAGUGUCAGUGCCUGUAAACAGUAGUUAUUCAGACUCCUCAUUGCUCCAGUCCAGUCCACAGAUGCCACAUACCAGUGUCAGCCCUAGACCUUCUUCAUCAGAAACAGAUACAGUGUACCCUUCAGGUGGAAUGCUGGAAAUGAGCAAUGGGUAUCCAAAUUCCUCUUCACCCCUGGGAGGUUCUCCCUCACCAGGACCAAGUCCUGGCCAGCUAGGAGGAGGCAAAGGCUUGCAGCAUGGAAAGCAACACUCUCCAGGUCCGGGCGGGACAGGAAGCCAAGGAGGUGGCCCAAGAACUAAUUUACGAGUAGUCAUUCCUACACCACAGCAGCAAAGUGCACACACUUUAGCACCAGCACCAGAUGAGCCAAGCCGAAACAGCUCAGCUUUAAAUACACCAGUGGUAGCGCUGCAAACUCCGUCCAUACCAGGACUUGCUGGAUAUUCAGCAUCUCUUUCAACAUUCGGUGGUCAGGACUUUAGUGUAGGGUCCGACAUGGGGCUUGGCACUCUUAGCUGGAGUGGACAGCAACUGCCUUCAUCAUUAACACAUACCACUUCCGGUUUCAGCGGUCUGCCGCACUUGGCUGUAUCGAGCAGUACCCCUCCACCGUCGACAUCACCACUUCAAGUCAAAAUCAAGAGUGAACCCAUAUCACCGCCACGCGACCCAUCCAGCCACGGGGGAGGCCUUGGGCACAGUGGACUUGGAUCACACCUACAGAGCCACACAGCACAUGCCCACACACUGCCACGGCCAUCCUCCACUGGACACCUCACACCAACACCAGGGACUGUCACUCCCACAAACCUUUCGUCACCUGGAGAUCCACGACAUAGCAGCAGCUCAGACUAUGACAGUGGACCUCUGCAGAAGAGAUCUCGCAUGAGUGAAGGCUGGGCCACAUAGUACUACGAUGUGCCAGUCCCACGGCACCAUUAUUUCCCCGGUCAGGCGUAUGGGACCUCUGUGCCAUAUAUUAAUACAAAGACAGUUGCUUACACGUGACAAUCUGGUGUUCUUGUAUGCCAGAUUUGUGUACUGAUGAUAAAAAUGUGAAGUUUUAAUGUUAUAUUUGUGAUCAUGAUGAUGUCAAUGGCUGCAAGUGCCUGCACAUUUUGUAAAAGUGAACAAAAAGGAACUGGUUUUACAUAUUAUAAAAAAUAUACUUUGCAAAAAUGUGUGGUGAAUGAAGAUAAAGAUGAAACCUAGCUAAUUUUGCUAAAUAUUUUGGAAGAUUCAAAUGAAGUAGAAGAAAGCCUUUGAGGCAUAUAUGCAGUCAUAGAAUGAUAUCACUAGUUUUGACAAUUUUUAACUUGAUAACGAGAAAGCAAAGUGUUUAGAAAGUUUUGCCUGCAGAGGUUUUGGACUCGGGGCAGUGCAUUUCUUGAUAUUUAAUUUUAUGUGCAGGAUGUAGCAGCAUUUUAUUAAAUGUACUUAAAUUUUUGUAACCAAAUUGUAUUGUGUAAGAGAGCUCUAUUCAUAAUGAUAGUCAGCUCUGUCAGAAGUUUUACAGGAUUCUGUUCCCAAAAGAAGAGGGCAAUUUGCUGAGUCCAUAUUAGUGUCAGUUUUUGGAGAUAACUUCUCUGGAUAUGGACUUCUAAGAAGACACUUUAAAGAGACAUAAAAUACACAAUGGUGUAUAAAUGUUUUGUACAUAAUGUUUGUUGUGUGCAGUGUUGUGUGACUACUAUGUAGCCCCAAAUGAAUGUUCUAUUUUGUUAAGAAAGAGUGCGAACAUUCCCCUGUAGAUGAGUGAGCUCUGUGUCUCAUGUAUCCUAAGUGGCAACCUUGGUUGCAGUUGACUCUGUGGACCUGUACUUAGUACAUUGGGUACAACUGCAACUUGUAAAUAGGCCAUGAAGUUUUAACUGAGUGUCAUUGAAGUAACCAGUUGACCAGUGCCGUGUUAUUUUUUUUAACAAGGUAUAUAAUGUAGGGAAGAAUAUAUUAUAUAUAUAUAUAAAUAAAUAUAUAUAUUAUAUACAUACACACAAAAUUUUAUUGUACAGUUUCAUAUGAGUAAUGUACACACACACACACACACACACACACACACACACACAUACACACACACACACACUAUUGAGAUGUUAUUGCAUUCAGUAAUUUGCAAUAUUGUUUUUACAUGUUCUCUAUGUUUGUAUGUAAUAAGUUUUUGUUGCAACUGCUAAAUUUGGUGCUUAAUCUUUGUAGGCAUAUUUUAUGACAAAAGCGGACAAAGUCAUGCCUUAACUGUUGGACAUAUAAAAUGUUCCCCUACAUUACUUGUACCAGACUACAUCACAUAUGUUCAUUUCUGUGAAUUGGUUGUAAAAAUAAUUGUUAGGUUGUUAGAUUGAACAAUGAGGCACAAUCUAUUUCCUGUUACAGAUUACAAAGACUCUGAUUGUACACUGAGUGUAGACUGCCCUUUGGCUUUGCUGCUGGUUCCUUUUUGUAAUUAAGCUGUUAAGAUUAUUAAGUUGUGCCAUUGUUUAAGUCUGCAGUCGGCUCAUGUUGCUUACCAUCGUGUUCACUGUUAGUCUUCAUAAAAGAGAUAUACAACAGGCACAUUAUACUGUCACUAUAUUUUAUCUACUAAAUGCACCUUUUGAGGACAAAAAUGAAAACACACAUCACACCAGUAGGUGCAGCUGGUUGAACUGUCCAGAAUAUAUCCUUCAUAUCUCCACUGUAGGAAUGCCUUACUCCGAGUGCCUAAAUGUGUGUGCUUUGUUCACUUGGAUUCCGACCGACCGAUCGACCGACUUUGAGUCAAUUUUGCACGAGUCCUCAUCUCGGUAUUAUCUUGAGGCUGCAAAUGAAAGUUUGGGAUCUAUAUUUAUCAGAGUUAUAAAUCGUGAUAAUGUGAAAAUACAUUACAAGAAUAAUUAUGUUAUACAAAAUUAUUCAGAUGUAUGUUAACUGUUGCAGAAUGUUAUAUUUAAGGCAAAUGUAUGUAUAAUAGUCCUGUGUGUAUUUUUAUCAAAGUUUUUGGCUAAUCCAGUGAUAAUUGUUUCUUGUUGAUGUGAUGUCGAACUUGUUGGGACCCUUUUAGAAGUGAAAACACAAGAGGACAAUAUUUUUUGGUGUUAGUUUUACCUGUUAACCUGCCAGUUUGCAGCCUCAAUCGUUGUACCUCAUGAUCCCCUCUUUUUACACUCUGUGCCUUCACUUUCCUCAUUCCAUCUUGAUGUAAUUCCACAUGGCGAAAAGCAAUCAAAAUUUCACAGUUUCCUCCUUUUUCUAUGAAGCACAACUACUAAAAUGUUAAGUGAGAAUGUUUUAAGAAUAGUUCAUCCAAAGUGAGAUAUUUAUAUAUAUAUAUAGAAUGUAUAAAAUAAACAGGGGUGCACAAUUUGUAUAGUCAUGUAAAGAUAGUUAUAUUUUGCUGUCAGUGAUGAAGAAAGAAACCACUCUGCUUGUAUAGAAGUGUCGCUUUUGUCUUCCAUCCAUAUGGAGCUGUUGCAUCUGUUAAACCAGUAGUUCUGCAGGCAUGUCUGUUUUUGAAUACUCAUGUUAAUAAAAUAUGUACUUAGAUGCCUGAUCUGACCCAAUAGUAAUGUCAUAAAGAUUGUUGUAAAGCUAAUUGGUUUUUAUGUGUGCUAAAUGAAAAGUGCAAUAUUAUUUUAAAUUAUGGUUAUCAGCAUAGAGUAGACAAAAUCAUUUACUGUGUGCUUUUAGUGUACAAAAGCUCCCUGUCAUAUUCUAAGAAUUUACUUUAAUUUUGAGACAUUACGAGCUGAGUGGAAGCCCAUGUGAUUGCUGUUUCCCCAUUGUUACCUGUUGUGACUGGAAAAUAUUUGAAAAUACUGAGUUGAAUGUUUGUACCUAACACUAAAAAUUUUAGGGUGCACUUGAAAUGAAAUGUUAAGUGUACCAUAUUCAUUGUAAUGUUAAUGGAGUCUUGUGCCCUAGUGAAGAUGCUUCCCAUUGUUAAAUGAUGUGGAUUAAAUGGAACAUUUUGUUGUAUAUUGUGCAAAGAAAAUACUUUUAAAGUAUGUUUUGUGGAAUAUAUCUUCACCAAAAAUCAAAA